UUCAGGUGCUUUCCUUCAUCAUCACCAAUCAUGGCUUUCUUUCGGUCAGUAAUCCAAAUUUUAAGUGUAAAUACAAUUAAGAAUCCUGGACGAUCUGUCGAUCUUUUGGAUAAAUGUCCAAAAUGGGGUUCGGAAAUCUGUACAAUUAAUAGAAGAUCUCUCUGGACACAGAAAAAAUCUGAGUCAAAACUAAAAUGUUCUAAUUGCAAGAAAUUAUCAGAUAAUCCGUUAAUUUCAAAGGGAGAACCGUCAAAGAGUUUGGAAGAUCAGAACAAUAUAAGAAAAAGAAAUUGCGAAGAGGUAAUCGAACCAUGCAAAAAAAAAGAGUCUUUCUGGUCUUAUUUAUUUGGUGGAUUAUUCGGUGAUGAUAAAAAGGCUGCUUCUAUUCCAGUUCCUGACCCUAGCACUUGCAGAUUAGCUCACAAAUUUAAAGAAAAAUGCAGAAAAGAAGACCCUCGAUUAUGUGAUCCUCGUUAUUCAGCCACGCCUGGAGAUGUUUUUUUAUUUACCGAAUUUCCUAAACCAUCAUCAUCCACAUCAUCAUCUCUAGAACCUCAACCGCAACCACCUCCUCCUUACAAAAUUCCAUCAGCAGUCAUCUGUAAAAGAAUAGCUGACGCAGUUGCCGAACAUACUUGUGUACAUUUUUCUCUACCUAAAAGUGACGAUUGCAAAGGAGAUAAGUGUUUAGAACCAAAACCUUUUAGGUUGCCAUAUGCAGAAUUUAGGCCUACAAUUCGACCUAGAGAACCUUUUAUAUGUGCAGACGGAAAACGUGGAGAGGAUGUUCUGAAACCUAUUAGAAAAGAAAUGUAUCCUUGUGGAUUUCCAUCAUUGUUGCCCCAGUAUAUCGAUCCUGGAGAAAAAAUUUCAAAAAAAUUCUUUUCUUGCCCUUCGAAUUCUGAAGACGAAAGUGACUGGAGUGAUUGUAAAUCUCGAAAAAAAUUAUCAAGAAUAGAUCGAUUGAAGAAACUUACGGCAGGAAAACAGGGAAUGUAUCAUCCUAUAUGCUAAUUAAAAUAAUUGUAAAGCCGUAAAAUAUAGUAAAAUAUUAAUUUUCAACAAAAAUGUGUAUAGGUG